AUGCCCACCAAGCCCGAUAACGUGGUCUUCUGCUUUCUUGGGGCUAGAACAACGGCUUCUGCUCCAACGAUAUCCCUUGGUAUAGUACAGUACAUCAACAUCUCCGACAAGCAGGUCCACUGCUCAUACUUUUCCGAAACAUCGGCUUUGGUGGUUCACAGUGGCGGAUUUAUCUGA